UUACCGCAGACACCCGGGUUAAGCUUUUGGUGGGCAGCAUAAAUUUAAUAUAUCCACCUCGGAUUAUCUUGCAGGCUUGGUAGCAGGUGUACGGUAAAUAUAACAGGGUGUAUAUCGGGUCAUACUACAUUAACCAGAAUCCUUUGCUUUGUCGUCGAAAACUCGCGAAGAGGUCAAAAUAAAACCAGUAAGUGGUAAUCAGUCAACGCGUGUACGAGUCCGGAAGGGCGGCUACUUGUUCUUUAAUUAAGAGGUCUUCUGUUUAGAGGUGAAACGCUCAUGUUGAGUGUAACACUGUAACCGCUGGGUGACGUACGUUUUCUUAAACGCGCUUAUUACAAAACGCAGGCAGUUGUUGCAUAACACACAUGCACGAGUGGUGUUUAGGUCACAGUCGCCGUAUACUGUACUUUAUUGUGCUCUUUUAGAAAUGAGACACCUCUGAAAUCCAACCUACACCAAGAACGAGAACUGAACUGACCUCCCUCUAGCUGCUCUGGGCUCAGGGAGGGCAGCCAUCUUCCCUGGGAAAUUAGUGUCUCUCAUGGCUAAUCGGCUCUUUAAAGUUUCCUCUCUAGCCACAGCAGUAUUGGGCUCAUCUGGAUUUUACCUUUACAGCAGACAGCCAGACCUCAAUGACCUAAGUGUGAUCCGCUUUGGACGAGCUGUGGCCACCACAGCAGUCAUCAGCUACGACUAUCUGACAGCUUUCAGACACGUGGAAUACGGCACAGAGGAGUACAGGGAACUCAAGUCCAAGGUGCAUAGGCGAUCGGCAGAGCGUCUUCGAAACUUGUGCUGUGCCAACCGGGGCACUUUCAUCAAAGUGGGCCAACACCUUGGUGCUCUGGAUUACCUGUUACCUGAGGAGUACACAUCUACACUGAAGGUGCUCCACAGCCGAGCUCCACAGAGCACAAUGGAAGAGAUCCAGCAGGUCAUCAGAGAAGACCUUGGCAAGGAGUUAUCAGAAUUAUUUGUCUCCUUUGAAGAGAAGCCUCAGGGUGCAGCCUCCUUAGCACAGGUCCACAAGGCAGUGCUACAUGAUGGAAGAACAGUAGCUGUCAAAGUCCAACACCCCAAAGUCCAGAAACAAAGCUCCAAAGACAUAGUGGUAAUGGAGGUAUUGUUGAAGGCAGUCCAUUGGCUCUUCCCAGACUUCACCUUAAUGUGGUUGGCGGAGGAGGCCAAGAAAAACAUGCCUCUGGAGCUGGACUUCCUUAAUGAGGGACACAAUGCUGAGAAGGUGGCCAACAUGCUUGCCCACUUUCCCUUUCUUAAGAUUCCCACGAUCCACUGGAAUCUUUCUACAAAGAGGAUCCUGACCAUGGAGUUUGCAGAUGGGGGCCAAGUUAAUGACAGGGACUACAUGCAGAAACAUGGCAUCAAUGUCAAUGAGAUCUCAGAGAACCUGGGCAAGAUUUACAGCGAAAUGAUCUUUGUCCAUGGCUUUGUUCACUGCGACCCACACCCAGGCAAUGUGCUGGUCCGAAAGUGUCCGCAGACCAAGAAGAGCGAGAUUGUUCUGCUUGAUCAUGGCCUGUAUCAGGUUCUGCAGCCAGACUUCAGGUUGGACUACUGUCAGCUCUGGCAGGCUUUGAUCAAGGGCGACAUGUCUGGGGUGGAGCGUUACAGCCGCAGACUGGGAGCUGGGGAUCUGUACCCCCUCUUUGCCUGUGUGCUGACUGCGCGGUCCUGGAAGGCGGUGAAUGCUGGGAUUAGUUCUGUACCUGUCACCCACUCUGAGGAUGUUGAGAUAAGGACCAAUGCAGCUCUGUACCUGCCCCAGAUCAGUGACCUGUUGAACAGAGUGCCCCAACAGAUGCUACUGCUGCUGAAGACCAAUGACCUACUGAGGGGCAUUGAGACCACAUUACAGACCAGGGCCUCAUCCUCGUCCUUCAUCAACAUGUCCCGCUGCUGCAUACAAGCCGUAGCCAGGCACAAGAGGAGUAAAGCUCAGACCACGAGGAGGCGUCUGCAGAUCACACUGGCAGAGUCACUCAGCCUGUGGAAACUAUCCAUCUUGCUCAUGGCAGAUGAGGCCAGUCCUUUUGUGGAGCUGCCAUCUUUGUGGAUGAUGGAUCCUAGAUAUUUGGAAUGGGACACUCCUUCUAACUGGCUGUUCAGCAUGAAGUUGGUUGCUGCUUGUUGGGUGUUGCUGUUCACUUCCAUGCCGAACGCUGUAACUGCUAAAAAAAACUUUUUUUUUUUUUUUUUGCUUUGAUGCUUUGUUUAAUCCACAGAUCUGUAGCGCACAGUUGUCACCACGUAAGAGCGAGCAUUUCACCCACAUUUGCAACUAAAAAUAGCCCUGUGGUAGAAACGUAUUUAGAAGAAUGUGUGAAUCAAAAGUAUUACAACAUUAAACCUGUGUAAGCCCUCGUUUUUCAGCAAAAUGAAUGAUAACAGUGUUUAACGUGGAGCCGGAGUCUGUCUACACACACGCGCGGCAAAGUGCAAAGAGCCGGAGCGGUUACUGAGUUGUUGAGCUCAGGUGGAGUGAAAGGAAACGUUUUUCUAGCGUCCAGCAGUGCUUGUUACUGUAAUCACCAUAAAAACAAAGCAAAAUAAAAACAUUAUUUUGUGGAUUUAGAUUUGUAUAAAACAAAAAAUACCAAUAUUUAAAAUUAUAACAGGGCUUUCAAAUUGUUUUAAAGUAGCAGGGGGGCAUGCCAAAGUAGCAGGCACCUUAUGACCGAGAGUGAAGCCACGUUGGCAGCAGUCGAUAUGAAUAGUCACAUCGCAGUCGUGAACCAGUCAAAUGGCUCAGAUUGAAAGAAUGUAAAUAUUGCCACGUGCAUCCAGAUGGCGCUGGAAAUGGAGACAGC